CUUAAAAAACCAAGUCAAACUAAACUCCAGGCUAAUUAACAAUACUCCUAACUAAAAUCAAACCCCCUGAAAAAACCAUCAUAAUAUCAUCAAAAAACAUUUGCUUAGAAUAUAGUGCGGACACGACAGGAUUAUCCGGUUAGUCGAGAGUAGUUUAUUCCUGGCAGGCGGCGAGGAAACAAACAAACACAACACAAAAUCUCGUAUCUACUCAACCGUAGGCAGGCAACAAAAAUAAACGCUAGAAAACCGCAAUCAGAAGAAGAGCAACUGCAGAAGAGAGAAAAGGAGUGCGGUGACCAUCCCGUCGAAUGAUGUUAGACAUUAAGAAGACCAGAGGAUUCCACAAGAUUCCACAGGCAUCAAAAUUGCAGACAGCAACGGGAACAACAUCAUCAGUAGUAGGAGCAUUAGGAGCGAGUGCAACAGAAGUGUCAUCACCAGGCGGACCAACGGGAGCAACAUCUUCAUUAUCGGGACGGGGAACUGGUAGUCUUGCCACUCGUCUGAAAAACCCAGUGCACGGCAAACACUCGACAGUUCCUGAAAAUUCAGUGGCUGUUGGCAAGACCCACGCCGCCCUGGCGGCAGCCAAAUACGGCAGAGGCGGCGGUGUACCAACACAGAUCCGCUCCACGCCGAGCAGUCAAUCCAACCCAGUGCGGGCUGCCAAUCAGCGUUAUUUCUUAAUAUCCAGCUACAAGGAUCCCACAUUCUUGAAGGCCGAAUGCGAGUUGGCUCAUGCUCAGGUGGCAGCCAGCAAGGUAAAAACCAAUUCGCAAUCCCACAGGCGGAGUCGAGCAGGUGAGGAUUCAAGGAACAAUAACCACAACGGUAGCCGAGCACCAACGCUGGUUGAUAUGCGACGCACGUCCAUGUUCAAUGGCAAUCAGCAACCAACCACCAUCGGCAGCAGCACCACCAACAACAACACCAGCAACGGUGUUCUCAAGUACAGUGCCCGCUCCACGACAGCAACAUCAGCUUCCACGUCUACCAGGAGCUACGGCAAGCUGAAACCGCUUUAUAACAACCCAUCAACCGCUGGAUCAGCUAUGAUGUAUGGCCACAACACUAAUAAUAAUAACAACAGCAGCAACCUUAACAACGGCGGCAAUAACAACAUGCAACGUCAGCAAGAGCAACACGAUGACAUUAGCUACAUAGACAGCGAUGAUCCGCCGGCAACUAGUGGUCCAGAAUGCGGGGGAUCGACCACCAAGGCAAGCAUAUGCUACUUCAAGCCCAUCACACCGCCUCUGCAGCUGCGACACCCGCAAACUCAAGUGCAGCAGCAGGAUCAACAUCAGCAACCUGUCUGUUCCAAGUCAGCCAGCCAUCGCUACCCGCGGCCCAAGUCUACCAUUAUAGCAUCGGCCCACUCAAAUUUCGCAGCCAGCUAUGAGAAGUUUAGUGGUGCUCUCUAUAAGCAAACCAAUGGCGAGGUGAACUCAGAGAGUAGGAACAGCAGCAAUGCUAGGCGAUAUGGCAUAGAUUCGUUGAGUAUCAAGGCCUCCAUUGAGAAGUUCAACAAUCUCAGUGGACAGAAGAGGCAAACUCCAAGCUCUGGAGCUGGUAUUGGAUCUGGCAGUGCAACAGGCACAUGUUUAGGAGUCGGAGCCGGGACUAGUCGAAACAACCACCCAUCGCAAGCAGGCGGGAGUAGCGGCAAUCUGCAGCAGCGCUAUAGCAGCGACCUGGACAACAUCCGAGUGGCUGCUGGCUAUAGCAGUUCUCUGACCAGAGCAGCGUAUCGGACUACGGGCACGAUGAAUAAUGUAAGCACUCCCGUGCCGGCAGGAUUGGGUGGUCCUAUUGCUAAAGGUGGAGGAGUCGCCACGGCGGUUUCGCCCAUCAACAAGGUAACGGUGAGAGGAGCUCACAGCAGCCGGCAAGCAAACGAAUGCGAAAGCCUAGCUAUAAGCACCAAGGUAAACAACGAUGAAACGACACCGCCAACACCUAAUGUUGUCGGUGCAACAGUAACAUCAACACCAGCCACGUCUUCCGUCUCCACAGCCACAGCCCCAAGCUCCGCCAGCGAUAGUACGGCGGCAAGGAGCGGCAUUGGAAGUAGCAGCAGUGCCCGGAGCGUGCUGCCUCCCAUGACACCCACGUCGAGUCGCUACUGGGAUCGGGAUCGGGACGGCGGCACUAGUCGCAAUAGCGUAAGCAACUCCUCCGCCCUCAACUCGUCAUCACUAAAGCACAAUUCGGAUGAUGGUUACAAGAGCGCCUCGUCGUCGCGUGAUGAGAAGUCCGAAGGUCUGUGCGGUUUGCGAAACAUCGGGAACACUUGCUUCAUGAACUCUGUUAUUCAGUGCCUGAGCCACACCCAGGAGCUAACACGCUUCUUGCGGUCGCACCAUGGGUCCCGCUCGACCUCCACCAAGGAUCAGCAGAUACUCCACGAAUUUGCCAAACUCAUCCAGGAGAUGUGGACGUCGAAUGUGCACACUGUCACACCUAUGGAACUGAAGCGGGCCUUCUCCACCAAGCACCGCAUGUACAGCGACUACAACCAACAGGACGCGCAGGAGUUCCUGCGUUUUUUCCUCGACUCGCUACACUCGGCCCUGAACACGGGGGUCAAGGGUGAAACCCUCAGCAUUGACGAUAAUCUCAGUGACAAUAAGAAAGCGGACCUGACCUGGGAGUGGUAUUCGCGGCACGAGAAUUCGCUGGUACGCGACCUCUUUGUUGGUCAGCUUAAAAGCACGCUGAAGUGCACCACCUGCGGCAACACUAGCGUCACUUUCGAUCCCUUCUGGGAUCUGAGCGUACCGCUGCCGUCUUCUUCGCGCUGCAAGCUGGAGGCUUGCCUUGACCUCUUCAUCCGCGAGGAGGUCCUCGACGGCGACGAGAUGCCCACUUGCGCCAAGUGUAAGACGCGGCGAAAAUGCACCAAGAGCUUCACCAUCCAGCGUUUCCCAAAAUACCUGGUUAUACACCUAAAGCGCUUUUCGGAGACGCGCUGGAGCAAACUGUCAAACAUUGUUGAGUUCCCUAUAUCGGACAGCGAACUGAACAUGGGCUCCUAUGGCGCUAACUCCAACUCGAAUGUGCAUUACACGCUCUAUGCGAUAUCCAAUCAUAUGGGCUCAACGGCUGGCGGUCAUUAUGUGGCCCUCUGCAAGCAUCCCGUAUCUCGCAAGUGGCACGAGUUUAAUGAUAAUAUCGUCAGCGAUGCCUUGUCCGAAAACCAUCUUGUUUCAUCCAGUGCCUAUAUUCUUUUCUACGAGCGUGCGUAAAACCCAAUCCGUGCUCUACGGCAACCGUAAGGUGCAGUGUUGACGAUGGGGUUCCUGAUGUCCCGGCACACUCCUCAGAUCGGGAUGGAAACCAAGAUGACCAUGGCAGCGGGAUGGGAGCGAAGAGGAAACGGAAUAACCAACAAACGAACUCUUAGAAACGCUUCGUAGAAUUGCAUACAAACAAAUUUACUUAAUUUAACUCAACUUAAAGGCAAAACAGAACUAACUCCUUACUUAAAGCAGAAACCAAAAGAAAAAAGGGAUUAAGCGGAAUAUAAGUGCAUACAAAACGAGAAUCAAUGUACAUAUAAAAACGAACUUCGAUGGCUUAACUAAACAAGUAAAAUAACAAUAAUAAAACUCCUACGAAAAACAAUAAAUCUGUGCAAUAACAACUUUCGGCAAACCAAAGCCCCGGGAUAAGUGUAAGAGAUACUAAUGCUAAAUAGUGUCAGGAUAUUCUUUUGUAGGGAUAAACAUAGCAACCAGCGGCAGCAACGAUACAAUAUUUUAAUAUUUCUCUUCUUUUGAAGUGUUAUUUAUCAAACUUAAAUUAAAAACUUGCAUCGGCUCACUCUCCCGUCUCUCUUUCGCCUGUCGCUCUAUCUCUCUCUUUCUCACUCUACAUUGGUUUGCCGAAGGAAAGUGUUCUGUGGUUGUGUGUAAAAAAAUAAACAAACAAAAUGAAACGUGUGAAAAGAAAAGUAAAUUAAUAUUUAAAAUUCGUCAUGUGCAAUAUUUUUCAUAAAAAAGAAAAAACAACUGCAACAAAUACUUUCACUAAAGACGAUUAAAAUCAAACGAAACGCAAUCGCACCACAAAAAUUACACUAGCUGAAAGAAAUGGGGUUUUAAAAACUAAAAAAUAAUAUUAAUUAGUCGAUAAAUGAGCAAGAACUUGAAUGGAAGGGGCAAAAAGUAAAGCUGAAUUGUGCAUUGUGAAAACGUACUUAUGAUAAAUGCUAGUAGUAAAUGUAAAAAUGAAGCGAUCAGAGCAGCAACAACACCAAAAAAAUUGUUAUACUUUAGCCAAGACACCAACAAAACCAUCCAGCCCAUGUAAAAAGGGAUACUCCCAAGGGCACAAAAGACCUUACGAAGUUCGUUUCAAAUUUAUAACAUUUUUUGUGUUUUUUUUGUUAGGCUUGGUAAAAGCAACCAAAACUAGUCUUAAAAACAAAUGAGUUAUAUAUGAGGGUUACUGAACAAAAAACUGUUUUUGUUUGUUUGAUUUUGUAGUUUAAGUCUAGCGCUUUUCCAUCACCUCAACAAACCCUCUUAGACUUGCUGCAUAUUUUUUAUUGCUAAUUUUGUUUUUAUGCCUACAUAUAUUAUAUAACUGAUUUAUUUAUUGUAUUUAUGUAAAUUAUAAAAAAAAACACGGACACCCCUAAACACCUACACUCUACGAAAAAG